AUGUUUCUGUCUUCCCUACUCUGGAAGAAGCAGAGUACAGACUCUUCACCAAAACCGAAGAAGCCACGAGCGGUUCGUGUUCGGGAUAUUCCACAAGGUUUCGAUAAAACUGCUCUCAAGCGGGAGAUAGAAGAUCUCCUAUCAGCGAAUCCCAAGGACGAUGAUGUACGGGUGCUGGAUCUUUCUCUAGUUCACACCACAUCUUCGUUGUCGUACGCCUGUGUCACAUUUUCUUCUCUCCCUGCGAAACUGGCAGCCCUAGACAAGGAAACCGUCGAGGAAAUCCGGCUUGGCGAUCUCCUUUUUGACACGAAAUUCUUGGGAAUAACGCCAGUCUUUGAAGGCCCAGCUCAGACGGAGCCUGUUGUUGAUAUCAUCGCUGUUCCGGGUCUUGGAAGCCAUCCGUUAGGUUCCUGGAAGGCUACAAAUGGCCAUGAUGUUUGGCUCCGCGAUUUUCUUCCGCAGGACGUGCCUAAUGUUCGAGUACUCCUUUACGGCUAUGAUACCACCCUAAACAGAGACGAUUGGACGUUGUCGAUCGGAGAUAUUGCUGAGCAUUUCCUUCGAUCUGUUGUAGCGUUUCGCCGGUAUACUAGGUCUUCCGACCGGAAAAUUAUUUUCGUCGCACAUAGCCUGGGAGGGUUGGUUGUUAAAGAGGCUCUAGUUCGAGCUAGAGAGGGUGAAAAUGAUCGCCAUAAGUUGAGUCUGCUAAGAGACUGUGCUGGUUUACUUUUCUUUGGCGUGCCGAAUCUUGGAUUGAGGAACGACAGUCUGAGAACGCUUGUGAAAAACCAACCCAACGAACAACUUGUGCAAGACUUGGUUGUAUAUAAAGAGUCGGAAGCGCCAUCUUAUCUAAAAAUGCUGGCACGACGAUUUACAGAGUGUUGCAAGGGCUACUAUAUUCCAGCAGUGGCGAUCUUCGAGCGAAAGUUGAGUUAUACUGUCAGAAAAGGGGCAGAUGGUGCCAUAAUCAAGGAUGGGAUGCGCAAACUCCUCGUGACGGAAGAGUCCGCCACAAACAUCGGUCUACCGGAGUCAGAGGUUAUCAAGAUUCCAUUUCUCAGGGACCAUUCCUCGCUGGUAAAGUUCUCUUCCCGAUCAGAUAUGGAUUAUAUUCAAAUCCUGGAUCACAUCAAACAGUUCACGGCAGCCCCCUGGAUCCCGACCGCCAAGAAGAAGUAUGUUGAUGUGCUGAGGGAGGCUGAAAGGGUGGUGUCUGACGUUGGACGCUGCAUCGUCGACGCAGAAAAAGAAUUGUUCAGAGGCCAGUCGAUGGCGAGCCCGUUCAUGGAACAGGAGCGCGUUGCACCAAAUUCGGACUGUUCAUGGAUUACAGUCUCCUCAGGACAGGGGAAAUCUUCCAUUUGCAAGAAUUCGGCAGAGUCCAUUGGAAAUAAAACAGUUGACGAUAGCCAAUCUGCCUCCGUCUCAUUCUACUCGGGACGCAUGAGCCAAGCUUACAGGGACGCUGAGACAGUGGCACGGUCAGCGAUACUCAAAUUGUAG